AUGUCGCCAAUUCGCCACAAGGCGUCGCUCUCUACCUCUCUCAUCGUCGCACGCGCGAUAGCCGUCGCACUGCUUGCGACUGUACAGGGCAUUGCUCGAGCCGCCCCCGGAACUGCAGGAGGAUGCACAAACUACAGCCAAGGAACGUGGGUACGCGACAACAGCCGACCCGCUUACGACGCCAGCACCUGCAAGUACAUGGGAGUGAGCAACUGCAUGAGGCAAAGCGGGCGAUCAAAAGACUGGCUGUAUUGGUCCUGGAAACCCAAUGGGUGCCCUGCGAAUGGCAUGCGCUUUAAUGCACCAGGGUUCCUCAAACUGAUGAAGAACAAAGUAUUUGCGAGUGUGGGCGAGUCCAUCUCCGUUAGAGGCUUCCUCCUUGCAGUCGUCUGCAAUAUCGCCAAGUUUACAGAAGUGAAGAUGCUAGCUAAACCCAACAAGUUUGGAGAUGCCGAGGUUUACGUCGUGCCCAGUCACAACGUGACACUUGUCAACUUCUGGGCGCAGUUCCUAGUCGCGAUUGACCGGAGCAACCAGACUCUCGCCAGGUUCGGCAACACCAAGCCUGCUCUACAGGACACCGUGGUGAACCUCCACAAGCUGGAGCCGUCCUGGGCGGCAAAACUCGACUUGAUCCACGUCAUCGUGUUGCAGACUGCCACGGACUGGCCGGCAGGGCGUGGCCUUAUACGGCGGUACUAUGCUGACGCGAAUUGGAACGCCAUCAAACCGGCUCCUUCGACUUAUGAAGCAUAUGAGAUCGGCAUGAGAACAGUGUUCAACGCAUUCGCAGGGCGCAACAAGAGGGGAAAGCCCUUCCCAGUCCCCUACUUCCUCUCGGCCCCACCUCGUCUCAACGGCUGCCAGAACGUCUCCUCGCUCAGCUCGCCACAGCAGGUUACAUCUCUGUUUGGUGACAACAAGGCAUCCAAGGGUUUCCUCCCCAUCCAACAAAAAGUCUUCCAAAACCGCCGCCCCUUCCGCUUCCUCCCUAUCACCUACCUCUCAAUGUUCCGAGGGGAUGCCUUCAUGUCGUCCAAUGGGGCGCGUGAUGGGGGGAGAGACUGCCUGCAUUUCUGCCUGCCCGGUGUGCCUGAUACAUGGGCGGAUGCUCUAUUUACCACCAUGAAGAACGACCGGUUCAUUGUGAACAAUGCUGCCAAGUAG